AAUAUAAAAUGCUUACAGGCAAAGAAGAAUAGCCUUUAUUGCUUUUGAGAGUAAUGCGCUUAAAAAAAAGUCUAGUCCAAUCGAGGAAAUUAAGAAAGCAAGGAAUUACCAAAGUAUUUAAGGAGUACAUUCACUGACACCUAUUAAUUGUAAGAACCAGUAAAGGAGAAAAGAGGCAAAAAGAUUUUACCUUAGUAUGCAUUUGGAAACUCUUUGGAAUCACCAUCAUUUUUUAGAAAUGCAAAUACAUUGAUUUGUAAAGAAAGUUAUGACAAUCCAUUUCUUAAGGGACAGUAGAAACCAAAAAGCAAAUGGGAAUCAUUACGUAGCAAUACAUUGAAUAAUUAUGAUUUCUAUAAUAUUUCAGAAUAGAAAUUUAGUAAUAUGCCAUCAGAAGGAUUUCAUAAUAUAAGAUUAGUGAAGUAUAAAUGAAAUAAAUAUAAAAAGUACAGUUACAAACUAGAUAAAUUUUGUAAAGACUCCUAAAGUUAAGAAUUAAGAUUAUACUUUCUAAUAAGCAUAUCGAACAUUAUAAAAGACAAGUCAUUUUAGACGUAAACAUGGUGAGCAUUUAUUAUUAUUAUAUUAAUAGAAUUGUUUACAGAUUUUAUUGAAAAAAAUGAUAACUAAAAUGUAUAUGGACAUUUAAAUGAUCGAUAAAGACCAAAAGGACAUUUAAGGGAUGUUAAAAACUUUAGUUUGACUCCUUAAGAAGUUUAGAUACAACAUAAAUAUAAUUUCAAUUCUAUGAUUACCAGUCCUAAAUAUAAGACUUCAAGAAAGUAAGAGUUUCCUAGGGUGAACAAAGCAGAUGAGAAGAUAGAGAAAUAUUUCAAAAGAGAUUAGAAGUAAAUUGUGAUUUAUGUUCUUUAAGUUUUCUUAAUGCUUUGAGCAAUUCAAUUAUUGUUACUCAUAUUG